CCGGUCUAGCUAACGCUGCUAACUAGCUCCAGUAGCACUGGUAGCAACUUGAGAGGAGCCUGCAAGCCUUGUCAAAAUUAGCUGCAGCAUAAUAUCAUUCAGGCGGUUUUAUGUCAACAAGGUGUCCAGAGGGCUGCGCACAUCUCUUCCUGAUAAAUUGGAGCUUCGGACUUUAAAACUGGGGUUUCCAUCUCUUUUGCGUAUACCCUGCUAGAACUGGCUUCCACCCUGUGACUCACUGGUCACUAGAGGGGCUCCUCAGAGCAAGGGCCCAAACUGUCGCUCCAGGUCCCCUCUGUCUGUGUGUGAGAGAGCUUGUGUUGAGUCCUCUGGAGACUCUAGGCUUAUCCAGUGAAGAUGUCCUCCAUCUUGCCAUUCACCCCUCCUGUGGUGAAGAGGCUCUUGGGCUGGAAGAAGUCGACCAGCGGCCCGGCCGGAGCGGGCGGUGGAGAGCAGAACGGGCAAGAGGAGAAGUGGUGUGAGAAGGCUGUGAAGAGCUUGGUGAAGAAGCUGAAGAAGACAGGUCAGCUAGAUGAGCUGGAGAAGGCUAUCACCACACAGAACUGCAACACCAAGUGUGUCACCAUCCCCAGCAAUUGCUCUGAAAUAUGGGGACUGAGUACACCAAAUACGAUAGAACAGUGGGAUACAUCAGGCCUAUACAGCUACCCUGACCAAACCAGAUCCCUGGAUGGCCGCCUGCAGGUCUCCCACAGGAAGGGGCUUCCCCAUGUUAUCUACUGCCACUUGUGGCGAUGGCCGGAUCUUCACAGCCACCACGAACUGCGUGCCAUCGAGGCCUGUGAGUAUGCCUUCCACCUCAAGAAGGACGAGGUCUGCAUCAACCCCUACCACUACCAGAGGGUGGAGACGCCAGUGCUGCCUCCUGUUCUCGUGCCAAGACACUCAGAAAUCCUGCCAGAGCUGCCACCUCUGGAUGACUACACUCAUUCCAUACCUGAGAACACAAACUUUCCUGCAGGAAUUGAACCUCCGAACAACUACAUACCAGAAACACCUCCACCAGGCUACAUCAGUGAGGAUGGAGAGGCCAGCGAUCAACAGAUGAAUCAAAGUAUGGACACAGGUUCUCCAGCAGAGCUGUCCCCCAGUACUUUGUCUCCUGUCAAUCACAGCAUGGACCUGCAGCCGGUGACCUACUCGGAGCCAGCCUUCUGGUGCUCUAUAGCUUACUACGAGCUGAACCAGCGUGUCGGGGAGACGUUCCACGCCUCUCAGCCCUCGCUGACAGUGGAUGGAUUCACAGAUCCAUCAAACUCUGAGCGUUUUUGCCUGGGCCUGCUGUCUAAUGUUAACAGGAACGCCACUGUGGAGAUGACCCGAAGGCACAUAGGAAGAGGAGUUAGACUCUACUACAUUGGAGGGGAAGUGUUCGCUGAGUGCCUCAGUGAUAGCGCCAUCUUUGUCCAGAGUCCAAACUGCAACCAGCGGUAUGGAUGGCAUCCAGCAACAGUGUGUAAAAUUCCUCCAGGUUGUAAUCUAAAAAUCUUCAACAACCAGGAAUUUGCAGCCCUGCUAGCUCAGUCAGUCAACCAGGGCUUUGAGGCCGUCUACCAGCUCACCAGGAUGUGCACCAUCCGCAUGAGCUUUGUCAAAGGCUGGGGAGCCGAGUACAGGCGGCAGACUGUCACAAGCACUCCUUGCUGGAUCGAGCUGCAUUUGAACGGCCCCCUGCAGUGGCUGGACAAGGUUCUGACCCAGAUGGGUUCCCCGUCUGCACGUUGCUCCAGUAUGUCCUAAACAGCUAAGGAAAUGCCCAAAAAAAGCCCAUUACAAACAUCAUUAAAUUCUAAACUUGUGAGUCCUUUCAUGAAAAAAUAAAUGGAAACCCCACAGAAUGAAUUUUCUGUACCAUACAUCAUAGUAUUUGUGGCCCAGUUCCACAUCCCUCUUUUAACUUUAUAUACACACACACACACACACAAACAUACACAAAAAGAACAAAUGCCUACACUGCACCUACACUGUUGUACUCACACACAUACACAUACAGACUUUUCAGUUAAAAAAAAAAAUAAAAAUUGGCACUUUGUUACCCAUUUAUGUCAUGCACCUUGUUAAAUUGCUUUUCCCCAAAUCCUUAAUAUUAGAUCUAUUUGUGGUACAAAUAAAAUGUAUAUUGGUUUUUAGUCCGGGAAGUUGAGGAAAUACCAAAAAUCUGUGAAUAGUUUCUCAGUAUUGAAGAUUGCUUGUAUGAGUAACACGAGCUUGAAUGCUAAAAUGAUUUUUGUUCCAGCCCACCCUAACCAUUGUUCUGAACCUAAGUUUACUUUUCUCUGGGAAACUUGGCCCCAUCUUUUGUCAGGGGGGAGGUGGCUUGGUGAAGAAACGAUGGACUUGCUGGCUGUUCUCCUCUGAAGGAAACGCCACAAAAUGUUUAUGAAAAUUGAAUCGACUUUGCCAGAAUGGCCCUUUUUUUUUUCCUUUUUAAAUCUUGAAGUGUGUCGUUAUAAGACAUGCUUUUUAAUAGACAAAUAGGAAUGUUAGGUAAAAGAAUAUUUCCAAAAAACCCUAAACAAACUGCAAACUCAGUCUGGCUCUAGUUUAUUUCUUUGUCAUUGUAUGGCACCCUACGUGUCCUUGGUUUAGUUGAUUUACAUCCCCACUGAGGAGCCUGGAUGGAAGCUAAAGAGAUGUUGGCCAGGCUUUGCAGGGCGCACUGGGCAGGGACCAGAGAAUAUCAGCUAUUAUCAAAAAGCUUUUUUUGACACGACACUGGGAGUCCUGGGGCUGUCCGAGGUGACGUCUCACCAGGAGAAUUUGAAGGUAUCAGUGAAUUAAUUCUGUUUUUAGCCUAUAUCCCCGUUGUUUUGCUACUUUUUUGUAUUCUCAUGUAUUUUUAUAUAUAACUAUACUUAAAAUUUUCUGUCAUUCACUUUUUAUUAAAAUAAUAUUUUCAAGACCACAAUUGUUUCUAAAGUGACAUGGAAGGCAUGGAUCAUUCCUUCGUUUUACCCUGAAGGUUCUGUUUGAAUUAAUUUCCAAUAGCAGCUCUUUGUCUUGGUGGAAAAAAAAGAAAUCACUGCCCCACAUGACGUGUAGCCUGUUUCUAUCCUUUGCUUUUUCCAAAGAAAUCGGGUGCAUUUAAAGUACACAAAACAACUGAUUUGCCUGAAACCUAAAAAAAUAAUUCCUUGUAAUGGUUUUAAUGAUUCCAGAGGCAUGUAAACCUUUGUAAUGGCCAUUCAUUUAUUCAUUCAUUCAUCCAUUCAUCUCUCCACUUUUUUGAAAAACACACGUGACCUCUUGUUGCCUUUUGGUGCUUAGUGAAGCGGGUUAAGGUCGACCAGAUAUAAUUGGCUUUCCAAAUGUUACAGAAAGAUGGGAGGAGGGCAGUUUUCUUCUGUGAGACAAAAGAAGAGCAAAUGUGCCUGCACACUGGGACAUUCUGUGUUAAUGUGUGUAUUGUAUUUGUUCCGUCUAUAAAAGACAGUAUGUACAACAAGCUUAAACUCAUUAUGUGGCUGUUGCAAGGUUAACAUGUCCCCCCUUCCCUCCCUUCUCUAUGAUGUAAAUGUCUUUACCAUAUGGCACUAGUGAUUGUACUUUAAGUGCACCUAGUGAAGUUUGGAUUUGGGGAACUGAAUCAUGUGUUAGGGUCCAGUGUUACAUUGUUUUUAUCUUUGGCCUACAACAUAUGAAUGUGAAAAAAAUACAUUACAAAAGCUGACGUGGACCAGACAUGCAUAUACAUAACAGUAGUACAGUAUGUGUGUAUUUAACAGUAAUCUUUUUGCAAAGCAGUCAGUACAGUAGAUGUCGCAGUUGUUUUACCAGUAGAGGGCGGUAUUGAUAGAGCAGUUCUUUUUUUUCUGACCAUAAGCUUCUCAGGCGUGUGGCAUAUUAUGCAGACUUCAUAAAACACUAAUAAAGAUUUUUAUUCUCAUGA